AUGGCUGGUGGUGUCAAGAAGCCCGUCAACAUCUUUCGCCUGAAGAACACCGGCGAGCCCGAAGGCGCUUUCAACUGGCGCCUGUGGUUCGCUGUUGUCUCCUUCGGCCUGCUCGGAGCCGCUCGUGGUAUCGACGAGGGCCUGAUCACCGGUGCCUUCAACUCGCACGACUUCCAGGAGGCGAUCGACUAUGAGUCUUUUUCGACUGUCGAACAGGCCAACAUCAAGGCCAAUGUCUCGGCCAUGGUUCAGAUUGGUUCCGUCGGAGGUGCCCUCAUUGCCUUCACUAUCUGCGAUCGCAUUGGCCGUAUCUGGGCUACGCGUGUUCUGACGACUAUCUGGGCUGUUGGCAUCGCCAUCUUUAUGGUCACUGGCGUCAAGGGCAACCUUGGUGGCAUCUACGCCGGCCGUUUCAUUGCUGGUCUCGGCGUUGGUAUGACGCCUGUUGUCGGUCCUGUCUACUUGGCAGAAGUAGCUCCCGCCUCGGUCCGUGGUGUUUGCACCUGUUUCUUCACCGGUGCUGUGUACAUCGGAAUCGUGCUUGCCUACUUUGCCAACUACGGUGCCCACCUUCACAUCUCCAGCGAGAGCCACAAGCAAUGGCUCGUACCCACCAGCUUGCACAUCAUCUUUGCCGGCAUUGCCUUCAUCCUGUCCUUCUUCCAAUACGAGUCACCCCGCUUCCUCGUGAAGCAGGGCAAGAUUGACCAGGCUGCCAAGUCCCUGGGCAAGCUCCGCAAGCAGGAUCCCAGCGGCGACUACGUCCGCAACUGUAUCCAGGAAAUCGUCAACGCCCACGAGAUGGAGAAGGAGGCCACCCGCGGUGUCGGCUGGGCCGGCAAGCUCAAGGAGAUGUUCAUGAACAAGAGCAACCUCUACCGAUUGUGGUUGGCCUCCAUGGUCCAGUUCCUUUCCCAGUGGUCUGGUGCUGGCUCCAUCACCCUCUACGCCCAGGACCUCUUCGCCCUCAUUGGUGUUGCCGGCGAGAGCGAGGGGCUUCUGGUGACGGCUGUCUUUGGUAUCGUCAAGCUCAUUGCUGCCAUUAGCUGCGCCCUAUUCCUGGUCGAUGUCAUCGGCCGAAAGCGCUCCUUGCUCAUCGGCAUCACCCUCCAGUGCGUCGCCAUGAUCUACGUGGCCGGUUUCCUCACUGCUGCUCCCAAGCUCGGCGUCGACGACAGCUGGGUCCUGCCCGAGAGCCUCAAGCCCGCGAGCCGCGGCGCGAUUGCCAUGAUUUACAUCUCCGGCAUGGGCUGGGCACUCGGCUGGAACACGAUGCAGUACCUCCUGACCGCCGAGCUGUUCCCUCUCCGCAUCCGUGCCCUGGCCACCUCGUGGUCCAUGACGCUCCACUUUGCCAACCAGUACGGCAACUCGCGUGCGGUGCCCAACAUGCUGCUGCCCGUUAGUGAUGGUGGUAUUUCCCCCAAGGGUACCUUUUGGUGCUUUGCCGCCGUCACCUUUGUCGGUGGCCUCUGGGUCUGGCUGUUCGUCCCCGAGACCUCGGGCCGCACUCUCGAGUCCAUGGACAGGCUUUUCGACCUCCCUUGGUACAGGAUUGGUCUGUACGGCAACAAGGACGCCGAUGCCCAGGAUGAGGUGAUCGACGAGAAGCAGAGGCAGGCCGAGGAGGAGCAAGGUCGUACCGAGCAGUACGAGAAGCGUGAUGUUUAA